CCCGGCCUGAUAUCACCCACCAGGUGUGUUGUUCUUCUUGUUGACGUGUAGACAGAGUAGCCAGCUAACAGUGUAUCCUAGUGCCUUCUCACUCUUCUGGACUCGCCGGUGAACAAAGCUGGUAAACUGCAGGUCUACAUCCUGACCGCCAAAGGCGUUCUGAUCGAAGUCAACCCAUCGGUUCGAAUCCCGCGAACGUUCAAGCGGUUCUCGGGACUCAUGGUCCAGCUCCUGCACAAACUCGCCAUCCGCUCGGUAAACUCCCACGAGAAGCUUCUGCGGGUGAUCAAGAACCCAGUGACAGACCACCUGCCCACCAAAUGCCGCAAGAUCACGCUCUCGGCCGAUGCGCCCGUGCAGCGCGUGCAGGACUACGUCGCUACCCUUGAGCCGGACGAGAGUAUCUGCGUGUUUGUCGGCGCGAUGGCCCAUGGAUCUGACGAUUUCGCGGACGAGUUCGUGGACGACAAGAUCGGUGUGUCGCAGUACUCGCUCUCGGCCUCUGUCGCCUGCAGCAAAUUCUGUCACGGAUGCGAGGAUCAAUGGGGGAUUAUGUAGUAUGAGACUGCAAACAACAAAGUGAAAAAAUAUUAAAGCAUGUGAAGCAAAAAAAUGAUAGAUGGAGGAAUCAAGUACAGUCACAGUUACAGCUGGAGUUCUAUUUUAUCUGGGAAUUAUAUGAGAUCUGUUUUAAUUGACAAUUAUCCUUAAUGUACACUAAAUCCUUGCCCUAGUUUACAUGUACUCUUACAUAUACUCUACAUAUACUCUACAUAUACUCUACACAUAC